GUACCUUUAUUUAGACGGGCUUCUUUCACCCAACUCAAUGCUUUCAAGUGCAAUGAAGGGCUCUUUAGCAUUUGUUGCAGUGGCGUCGGCGUUCGCCUUAUCAAAGCCUGUUGACGCCCUCGGCGACAUUCAGCUGGCCGCGGCAAUUGCACGCCUCUUCGGGCUAGGUUCGCAACCAGACGCCGUUGCCACAAGCAAUGGGAAAGGGAUUUUCGGACAGUUCCUUCAGACAGAAGAUGCAGUACCUAGCAAUGCAGUUCCUGAUGCUGCAGUUGAUAACGAUGAUGACCUGCGAGCCCAGUUUGAGAUCUUGAACACAGAUAGAUAUGAUCAUCUGCUGCUGACAGCGCACAAGAAGAGAAAAUUAGCCGAGCAGCUUCGAGCAGCAGCUGACAGAGCACAAGCAGCAGUCGUACCGUCUACAGAUCAUGAGAGGCAGAGGGAGACAGAGGAAAGCUCUGCUGAGGCUGUUUUCGACCGAACUCAGGCGAAUAUAAUGGAGCGACAAGCGGAUUUGCUGGACGCUGAAGCAAGCCAAGUCAAACGUCUAGUAGAAGCUGUAAAGGUAGAGGCUGAGAGGCCUUUAGAAGCCCCAACAGCAGAGUGCGAUAUUUUGAAAAUCGGGCCUGUCAAGUUUGUACCACAGUCUUCUGAGCUUCUGAAGCACAGUGGAGAUGAGACAAUGGGUCGAAUAACGGGAACUGCCUUUACGGUUCACUACAGGAAGACAGUGAAAGGGACAUUUUUUUGGGAAGGCGUGGAUUUGCCAAUUGGAGCAGUUGCCGAUUCACCCAAUUGUUUCUCGUUCAAGUAUCGGGGAAAUGAGCAAGUUCUCUGCGCAUCUUCAAGACUAGGACGUGACAGCUGGAUUGACGCCAUGACGGAGGCCUGGUUCUGCCGAAAUAUGGGAAUCAAAGGAACGUUACCAAGCAUUAAAACCGCUGUCACUGAAGCUAAAAAGGAGAAGAUUAUUCCUCCGCCCCCGCCGCCGCCGACGAAGAAGCCGAAACCAGCAAGAGUUAAUGUCAAAGUUAGCAUGGAUGAAAACAGAGUAAUGCGAGUCGAGGUCAACGGCAAGGAACAGCCAGUGGGGAAGCACGUAACGAUCAACGCGGCCGAGUACGUGAAGAAGGCUGAAGAAGGCACCAAAAGUGACAGUGUGAUCUCCGGACUAUCAGAUGCUGCAGAUAAACUACAAGAGAAAGUACAUAGCCUGGUUUCCCCAGAGGCGCAUCACAAAAACGAAGAGUCGGAAGAGAAAAAGGCUGUCGAAGAGGAGACCGAAGAGGAAGAAUCAGAAGUGGAGUUCUAG